AUGGAAGACGAUACGUAUGCCCUUGUUGUUGAUAAUGGUUCCGGUAUGUGCAAGGCCGGCUUUUCCGGAGACGAGGCGCCCCGCGCCGUGUUCCCUUCGGUCGUCGGUCGCCCCAAGCACCCCGGUAUGAUGGUUGGCAUGAACCAGAAGGACUCGUACGUCGGUGACGAUGCUCAGUCCAAGCGUGGUAUUCUGACCCUGCGCUACCCUAUUGAGCACGGUGUUGUUACCAACUGGGACGAUAUGGAGAAGAUCUGGCAUCACACCUUCUACAACGAGCUGCGCGUUGCCCCUGAGGAGCACGCCAUUUUGCUCACCGAGGCUCCUGUCAACCCCAAGUCCAACCGUGAGAAGAUGACCCAGAUCAUCUUCGAGACAUUCAACGCUCCCGCCUUCUAUGUCCAGAUCCAGGCUGUUCUGUCUCUGUACGCUACUGGUCGUGUCACCGGUAUCGUCAUGGACUCUGGUGAUGGUGUUUCCCACGUUGUCCCCAUCUACACCGGUUACUCCAUCCCUCACGCCAUCAAGCGUCUUGACCUUGCUGGCCGUGACUUGACCGAGCACCUCAUGAAGCUGCUCACCGAGCGUGGCCACUCCUUCACCAACACCGCCGAGCGUGAAAUCGUCCGUGAGAUCAAGGAGAAGCUGUGCUACGUCGCCCUCGACUUUGAGCAGGAGAUGCAGACCGCCGCCCAGUCCUCCUCUUUGGAGAAGAACUACGAGCUUCCUGACGGUCAGGUCAUCACCAUCGGUAACGAGCGCUUCCGCUGCCCCGAGGCUCUGUUCCACCCCGAUGCUCUGGGCCUGGAGUCUCCCGGUAUCCACGAGCUUACUUACAACUCCAUCAUCAAGUGUGAUGUUGAUGUUCGUAAGGACCUUUACGGCAACAUCGUUCUUUCCGGUGGUACCACCAUGUACCACGGUAUUGCCGAGCGUAUGCAGAAGGAGAUCUCUGCCUUGGCCCCCUCUUCCAUCAAGGUCAAGAUCAUUGCUCCCCCUGAGCGUAAGUUCUCCGUCUGGAUCGGUGGUUCCAUCCUGGCCUCUCUCGGUACUUUCCAGCAAAAUUGGAUCUCCAAGCAGGAGUACGACGAGACUGGACCCGAGAUUGUCCACCGCCGCUGCUUCUAA